AUGGGGAUUCGUUUGGCAGCAAUCGUUCACCAAGCCAAGCAAAUUCUUCGACCAAUGUCUAUAAACAACCGCCAGUCCUCGUCUCCUGAUGUCCCGAAGGGCCACUUUGCAGUGUAUGUUGGAGAGAGCCAGAAGAACCGAUUCGUGGUUCCAAUAUCCUACUUGAGGCACCCUAUGUUUCAAGACCUUUUGAGGAAGGCCGAGGAAGAAUAUGGAUACGAUACUCCAAUGGGUGGUCUUAUAAUCCCUUGCAGCAAGGCCACCUUCUUAAGUGUCACUUCUCAUUUGAGUGACCAUUGA